AAAAUAUUUCCGCCUACCUUUGAGUAUUUGAAAAUAUUGUUAUCUGGCAACAACUGGAAAUCCCAAUAUUGACGCGCUUGAACCAUAAAUUCGCGAGAGGUGAUUCAAGCCGAAUUAACAAAUUGAUUCUGGUUCAAUAGUCACUCUACCAUUCUCGACGAAGCCGAACUAUAAAGCUAAGACUAGUUAUACUUUCGUUGGCAAGCAAGUACACCAUUAGAGAGCCCUUCAACAUACAAUCCCUAUUUUUCAUAGCAAAAACCCAACUAUUCAUACAUAGUAUGGAUCAAAACUUGCUACGAUUGUUUUUCCACAGUCCCGUCGAAAUCCAGGUCAUGAUUCUCGGGCAAUUAAGUAUAAAAGAGCUAGAUACAGUGCUCUUGAAAACUCCACAGUUUAUGGAGAAUUUUCAAAUCGAAGUGACGAUACCAUGCUUCCAACUAUUCCUCGCACUCUUGCGAGCUUGAGCCGUAUCCAGCUCUUGCUUCAAACCGUUGAAAUCUGGGUAGCUCGACUUCACUUCAACUUCUCCAAGUCGUACGUACUUGUAUCUCAAGAUCCCCAGUGUUUCGAGAGGUUCCUCAAAACCCAGGACAAGGUCAUAAUACGAGGAAGAGAUAACCAGGAUGAGCACUCCUUCUCAGAAGUUGAAUCAUACCGCAUUCGCCGGGCUCUCCUCCUAUUUGAACUCUAUUGUACACUUUUUCAUUCCUAUAACCCCCAUGGAAGCAGUAAGCAACACAACGGUAGAGUUUCCGAGCAAAUGUUAUUCCUCCAAUCACUACAGCCUUUUCUGCUGACAGAGUUAGAUGCUAUAUACGGAAUGAUCGAGUGUCACCUAGAUUGGAAUUGGCGUCUUCAUGGGAUUAUCUGCCGCACCUCCUUACCCUUGCAUCCCGGACAUGGUGUAAGACCUGGUGGAGAAACACUCGAAUAUAUUAUGAGCCAGGGAUUGGAAUUGCUAGCGCAAGAGGCCUCUGAUUCUGAAAACCUAAUGUAUGAAAAUGAGGACUCCGAUGCGAUCGGACGGUAUUGCAUGCGAUGCACGUCCCACAACCCAAUUGGAAAUACAUUUUUUACAACACCUUUAGGUCACUGUUUUAGCGACUACCAAGGUAUAGACAGUAUCCGGAUACCCACAAUGGUUCCUACUACAGGUAUGGUAUCCUGGAGGGGAGCUCCUGAUAGGACUAAUGGCUCGUCAUGGUUAUGUCGAACUUAUUUCGACCCUGACGAGAAACAAAAUAGAGAUCGAAUCGCAACUUUAAUCAAUGAGGAUCCUCAUAACUGGAUGGGUCUUGCAUUUUGGGAAGAAGACCGUCUGAACCGCCAUUUCAAGCUGACUGAGGAGGCUAGGAUUAUUGGUCUAAAAUAUCGAAUAUCGAAUUACGAAUUCACAACUGGUCUAACCGAUCGGGAUAGGGAGUGGUUGAUAUUUAUGGACGUCCCAAAUGUAGGAUAUAUAAGCACACGACUACCAGACUCAGCUGCUACCAUCUACCAAUCAAUUUUGGGAUAAUGGUUUGCAAGAGCGGCUAUUCAAUAAACGACAGUUGGGGGCUCCGAAACAGUAGGAGUCCUCAUGUGACGUCCAGUAAACCCCCUUCUUCUACUCCACUUUGGUAUAUUACUCUUUUCUCUUUGCUUCUUUUAUUACACUUUGAUAGUUGGGGAUGAAACUUUAGACCCCAAUCUCAACAAGAGACCCUAAUUUUUAGAUGAAGCCAGUUGCUGAUUCGACCCAAAAAUGGCCGUGUUUUACCCCUUUUACUUUACUCCUUUUUCCUGUUUGAUGAGUCGGAUAAAACCUGGCCGAUCAGCCAAUCUAUCAAUACUAGUUAUUCAUCAUCAAGUGAUUUUUACACCCAUUCAUAGCUUAAAAGAUACCGGGAGUUCAAUUGAUUUGCCAGUAAUAAUGUUUUAUAUAAGUCAAAGCACCCUUACAGGGGCUACCCUAAUGGGGGCCACCUCAAAAACGCAACGCGUUUGCAAUAAGG